CUUCCUGAAUAAAAUUGUUAGUGUAUUUCGGUUUAUACUUUGGAUCACUGGAUACCAGGAUAUGGAUUUGUUCAUAUAUAGGAUAAUUGCCAUAGUUUAUAUUACUUUAAUUCUUUCGCUGAAUGGAGAAAAUCAGCCCAGCAAAUGUGUAUGUUACAAGCCUAAUUCGGAGCAUGACAAGGAAAGGCCAGCUGAUAACAAAUGCGAGAUUAUCAAUCAUAUUAUCGGAGAAUUAAAAUUCCAAGAUUUCGAUGAACACUGUGUAAAAGGCUUGGAGACAGUCAUAUUCGUUAACACUAGUAUCCAUAAAAUUGAAGAGGGUUUCUUCUCAAAUUUUACAAAAAUGAUCUCCCUUAAUAUGAGCCAAAAUCAAAACAUCGGCCCUGGAAUAAAGGACGCGUUGUAUCGAAUAAACAAAAAGCUCGAAAUUCUAAAACUGGACAACAUAACUAUGAAUGAUGAAAUACUACUUGAAAUUCAUACACUUGCGCUCUUUCCGCCUUCACUACAUACUCUGUCUUUGAGAGAAAACAAAUUAACAACAUUUCCCAUGCAAUGGAUCCAGCAACUGACAAAUUUGACCUCUCUUGACCUUAGUCAGAGUAUUCAUUUCAGGCACAUUGAAGUACACGAUGUAAACAAGUCUUUACCACUCACGAAUUUAUCAGUCGCAUUUACAGGAUUUUUCUUGAAAACGUUGUUUAAAAAUGAAAGUGGUGAUUGUGUUUUACCCAGUCUUGCUUACUUUAAUUUGGAGCGCACUUUCGUAAAUGUUUCAACAAUCGAUGUUCCAGACAAUUGUUUUCAAAAUUUAACACAUCUAAUCAUAAAACAUAGCAUAUUUGAAGAUGGUCUGUACAGAAACAGUUUCAGAUACCUAAAGAAUCUUAAAUGGUUAAGCUUAAGCGAAACCUUCAAUAUAUACCAACUGCCAGUCAUGAACAUGUCAUUGAAAGGAUUGGAGAUGAACAAUCUUCAGUUCAAUUUCUAUCCAAGUAGUCAAAACUUGCACAUAUUUGGAAAUUUGAGCUCUCUGGAACACUUAGAAAUUCAGUCAUUAAACCCCGGGAACUGGAGCGAUAGUAGCAUGAGCGACCUGUUAAGCCCACUGCAAAACUUGAAAUAUUUGGAUGCCAGUAACAACAACCUUAGCUUUAUGCCAACAGUUAUUUCAACUAUGUCGAAGUUGGAGACUCUGAUCUUAUCUAAUAACUCAAUAGGGGUUUGGCAUAGCAUCAUAUCUGGCUCACAGCAUACGCAUCUGAGGACAAUUCUACUCCAAAAUAAUGAAAUAGAAUUUGUGGAUGUUCGUUAUCUUCCACAAAAUGUUACCAAACUGGACCUUUCUGGGAAUCCAUUUCUGUGUACAUGUGAUCUCGUUCCAUUCUUGAUUUGGGUGAAGGAAAACCAUCUGUACACCGCUACACUAAUAAAGGAAUGGGGGACGCAUUAUUUCUGUGCUCUACCAUGGAACAUGAGAAAUUUAAGUCUUGUGAAAUUUAAUCCGAAGCCCACCGACUGUCAGCCAUUUAACAAGUACGUCAUCACAGCCAUGGUUUUGUGCUGUUUUAUGGUGUUAAUAGUGUUUGUGACCAAUGUAGUGGUGUGUUACAAAGAAAGAACGAAAAAACACAAUCUUAAGAUCCGGUAUAAAAUGAAGGUCUAAUUCCAAACUGAAUCCGUUUUAGGCUGAUCUCGAGAAAUGAAUUAUAGAUUUUGAUUUUCUUUUCAUUUCGCAUUUAAUUUGUUGACACUUAAUUCUCAGAACAUUAUGGAAUAAUUUACACACGAAAUGAAGAGAAUGUGUGAGAUAUACAGUUGGUUUAGGUACAUAUUUUGUCCAUCAUUUCUUGCUAAGUUUUUAUUCCUAAAAUGUUCCCGUAAUCAUAGUAAAAAUAUAUGUAUUGUAUUGUUCAUGUAAUGUAUUGUUCAUUUGCAACUUUCGCAAUGAAACCCAAUUAUCUUAUACACUUACUAUUUAUGAUAUUGAC